GAGUUCCUUGACCGUCGAGUCCCUGCUAAUGUGAAUCCAGUUGGUGGGGUUUUCUCAUUUGACGUCCUCAUCGAUCGUGGUACGGGCCUCCUGUGUCGGAUUUAUAGACCGGCUACCGGUGAAGAGCCUCAGCUGAAUAUUGUUGACCUUGAGAAGCCUGUUACAGCUGAGGUUGUCCCUGUUAUAAUUUUCUUUCACGGGGGAAGCUUUGCACAUUCCUCAGCGAAUAGUACUAUAUAUGAUAAUCUGUGUCGGAUAUUGGUUGGUACCUGUAAGGCUGUUGUGGUCUCGGUGAACUAUCGGCGUGCUCCUGAAAAUAGAUAUCCAUGUGCUUAUGAUGAUGGGUGGACUGCUCUUAAAUGGGUUAACUCUAGAUCAUGGCUUCAAAGUCGGAAAGAUUCGAAGGUUCAUAUAUAUUUGGCUGGUGAUAGCUCCGGUGGUAACAUCGCACACCACGUAGCUCUGCGAGCUGUUGAAUCAGGAAUCAAUAUAUUGGGAAAUAUAUUGCUCAAUCCUAUGUUUGGUGGACAAGAAAGAACUGAAUCCGAAAAGCGUUUAGAUGGGAAGUACUUUGUUACACUACGAGACAGGGAUUGGUAUUGGAGAGCCUUUCUCCCCGAGGAUGCAGACCGGGACCAUCCUGCAUGUAACCCGUUUGGUCCCAAUGGUAGAAGUCUCGAAGGAAUCAAAUUCCCGAAGAGUCUUGUGGUGGUUGCUGGCUUUGAUCUUAUUCAGGAUUGGCAAAUGGCUUAUGUUGAAGGGCUCAAAAAGGCCGGCCAAGACGUUAAACUUCUAUAUAUGGAACAGGCUACGAUCGGUUUCUACUUGUUGCCAAAUAACAACCACUUCCAUUUCGUUAUGGAUGAGAUAAGUAAAUUCGUGAGUUCUGACUGUUAAUAGAAUUAACCAACUGGCAGCGGUGUACGAAAGGAGCUUGACAGUCCACUAGUGGCCAACACUAAGUUUGCAGUUCACGGUACUACUGAUCACUAUAAUAUUAAUCAUGGUGUUAUUGAUCUCUGCUUAUUUUGCCUUAUAUGGUGGUGAAGCGGUAUUUCAGCAUGUAGCUGGACCACUAAUUGUUCCGGUCUGCAUUCAGUGAAGUUCACGGCGAUUAUAGCCUUUUUGACUACGUUUGCAGAUCUCUAAGUGUUACAAACUCCGACAACAUGCCCCAAAGGAGAAGAUUCGGUACCCGAUCAAGGGAUCGGUGUACCCAGUUAAUGUUAUAUAUGUUUUAGAACAUGGAUUAGAAAAGUUCCACUGUGUUGUGACCCUGUAUGUCUAUACAUAUCACGUGUUGGUAUAUAAAAGGAUGUUUACGUGUAUCGGUUUUUUUCGCCUACUGUUAUUAGAUAUUGUCCCUGUUUGCCACUUUACUAGGAAAGUGUAAAAAUACAGCUAUGAUUUAUAAGAUUGAGAAAUUUUGGAUUA